GUUAUUCGUAACAGAUAAUCGAAGGUUAAUAAACGUGGGCUUUGGUAUCAGCCUCACAUUCCAUACCCUUUUCUCUCUCUCUCUCUCUCUCUCUGUAACACCGCCAACUGUGUUGAUCGGUCGGCCAUGGCUACUCAAGGAAAGGUCAUCACCUGUAAAGCUGCGGUGGCGUAUGAGCCUAACAAGCCGCUAGUCAUUGAAGAUGUGGAGGUUGCGCCGCCUCAAGCCGGUGAAGUUCGAGUUCAGAUUCUCUUCACUGCACUUUGCCAUACUGAUGCUUACACUUGGAGUGGCAAGGAUCCUGAGGGUCUGUUUCCAUGUAUUCUUGGUCAUGAGGCUGCUGGGAUUGUUGAGAGCGUUGGUGAAGGGGUGACUGAAGUUAAACCCGGGGAUCAUGUCAUACCCUGUUAUCAAGCCGAAUGCAAGGAAUGCAAGUUUUGUAAGUCAGGGAAGACCAACCUGUGUGGCAAAAUUAGGGGAGCCACGGGAGUUGGUGUCAUGAUGAAUGAUAAAAAGAGUCGUUUUUCAGUCAGGGGAACUCCGAUUUAUCAUUUCAUGGGAACCUCUACUUUUAGUCAAUACACUGUUGUGCAUGAUGUAAGUGUCGCCAAGAUUGAUCCCAAAGCUCCUUUGGAGAAAGUUUGCCUUCUUGGCUGUGGUGUCCCUACUGGUCUUGGUGCGGUUUGGAACACAGCAAAAGUUGAAGCAGGAUCAAAUGUUGCUAUUUUCGGUCUUGGGACUGUUGGUCUUGCAGUAGCAGAGGGUGCGAAAGCAGCAGGUGCUACACGUAUAAUUGGGAUAGAUAUUGACAACAGAAAGUUUGAUCGAGCAAAAGACUUUGGUGUGAAUGAGUUUGUGAAUCCAAAAGACCACGACAAACCGAUCCAACAGGUUCUUGUUGAUAUGACAGAUGGAGGUGUCGAUUAUAGUUUUGAGUGUAUUGGUAAUGUUUCCAUUAUGAGGGCUGCUUUGGAGUGCUGUCACAAGGGGUGGGGAACAUCGGUUAUAGUGGGUGUUGCAGCAUCAGGUCAAGAGAUAGCAACCCGCCCAUUUCAACUGGUUACUGGUCGUGUUUGGAAAGGGACCGCUUUUGGUGGUUUUAAGAGCCGUUCGCAAGUGCCUCAGCUUGUUGAUAAGUAUAUGAAUAAGGAAAUCAAGAUUGAUGAGUACAUAACUCACAAUUUGACACUGGAGGAGAUCAACAAGGCUUUUGAUUUGUUGCAUGGAGGGGAUUGUCUGCGUUGCGUGCUUAAGGUUUGAAACAAAGAAGCCCGAUCGGUGUUAAGUGGUUUUGCAGGAAAAAAUAAAGUGAAUGUCUCUCUUAUCUAUUCCACCUUUGGUUUUCUUUCCGCUUGUGGUGGCUGUGUGAAGGAUGAUGGUUUUAAGUAAUGAACUAUGAUCGAGCCACUUGUUUAUUUGCUUUUAA